CCCAAGGGCUGUCUGUUGCCUCCUGUUCGUCACUCUCGACCGUCGGGACGGCACCGCAACGUCUUUUUCCCAAAAUAUCCUUUGACGCGGGCUGUGGAAUGCGCCUUCAAAGUGCACAGAAUUGAGCGAACCUCGCAGCACGAAGGAGGGCCCAAAUGGAUCGGCACGACCCCAUCGACCUCGAAGGCUUGCCUUCAGAUGCGUUUGACACCGAAGAUUUCGACGAUGAUCAACCGCAGACCGCGAGCGACCGUUCGAGUUCGCCUGCCGAGUCAUCCCCGGUGGACAGUGACGAUGACGAGGUGGAAUACUCUGACCCGGAGCUGGAUGAGAUCGGAGGAGUAGGAGACGAGGCGGAUCACGACAGCCAGGAAGACGAUGAUUUUGAGGUUCAGGACGAGGACGAGGACGAGGACGACACCGACGACGAACACUCAUCGUUUGAUCUCGAGAACGAUGAUCCGUAUGAUUUAGUACUAGACGGCGAGGCGGUACUAGACGAGCUUUGGGCCGAAAGUGCGCACGAUUGGGGUUUUGGCGGAGACUCGGAGCGAGAGACCUCCAACGAGCGACCUUCUGCAAGCCCUAGCGCAGGCCACCGGUUCGCAGGACUACUUGCAGAAAUUCAUGCUCGCCGAGACGCCGAGGGCGAUUCGCUUUUUGUCGACCGAGGCCCCAAUAUCCUUCCGCCACUGGAGGAGCUCAUUUCGAACGUCAGACGUAACCACGCACGCGCCCUCGGUUUGGCCUCCGAGCUGCACUCUCAUCUCUUUGGUGGUCAGGAAAGGACCUCUCGCGGCUCGUUGGGAGGAGCAACAGCGGGGCCUUCACGGGAGAGCCAUCGCCAGAAUCAUCGCCAAAGUUCUCACCGAACGCCGCAGGGCCCAAGUCGAGAGCGGGCUAGGAUGAACGACAACCGACACAGCGGCUUGCGCGAUGAACUGGUUGAGGUGGAGGUGCAGCCAUCACGAGCGUCUCUACGUCGCAGUCGGAGCCCUCCCCGGCGGCAGCCCGAAGUCAUCGAUUUAACUGGGGAGCCGGAUUCACCUGAACUGCCCAGAGCUGUUGUUCCACCGAGAGGAGCGCGUGCGUCAAACGCGCCCGCCGCUGGAAGGAACCCGCGCCGGCACGCGUCCCUCAACCAGCGCACCCCUUCUCUCGCGCGCACCGACAGCAGCAUUCUCGGAAACCAGACAAAUGUAAUCGACCUCACCUUAGACGACUCCCCCGCCCCACCCCCGCUGCCGCAACAGCUUCCUCGCCGCAAUAAUCCCGACAAUUCUCCUCACCAUCGUCACCACCACAACCAUCAACAUCGGCACCGUCAUUCGGCCCGCGCCCAGGCCAGCGAUCUGGAUAACCCCGGAGGGUUCGGCGCUAGGUUUGCCGGGAUUAUCAGGAACCUCGACAUCAUUCACCGUUUUGGCUUCGGUCGUCAGCCCGAGGUCGAGGUGCAGUUCAUCGGCGGCCGAGGCCUCAACAUGGACAAUCCGCUGGGGGCCAAUAUCCCCAACCUCGACUACCGCGUCAACGGGAGUCAUCCGGGUAGCACUCCCAAACCCGACCAUGUGCCGCCUCCCCCCGCGCGCGAAGGCUUCACUCGUGACACGGGCAACCCCGAUGAUGUGGUUAUUUGCCCCAGUUGCGAGCAAGAACUAAAGUACGACCCGGAUGCCGGGAAUGAGAGUGGCGUGCGGCCCGCCAAGAAACCUCGGACCAGGAAGGAUCAAGAAGAACACCACUUCUGGGCGCUCAAGGAUUGCGGUCAUGUCUACUGCAAGGACUGCUAUGAGAACCGGCGGGUGGGAUCCAAGAACUCAUCGGUACGUUUCCGGCGGGAUCCCGAGAAUACCCGGAAAAACCUCUGCGCCGUUGAGGGCUGCACCUCCGAGGCCAACAACAAGUCGAACUGGGUCGGCCUGUUCGUUUAAACGAGCUUUUCUCUGCUCUCGGCUUAGUUUCCACCGGGAAGCACACGGGCUGUGGGUAGUCUUUUAGCGGGGGCGUUUCUUUCGGUAUCGUCCCGAGAGUCCAGAUAUGGCAGUCGUGGUGAACUCUUUCAACAUCUGGAUUUGGCACUUCUUGCUCGUU